AUGGGCUCCAUCUCCUCGGCGGUCUCGCGCCUCUUUGCGUCAAACCAUGAGACGCGCGUGAUCAUGGUGGGCCUUGACACGGCGGGUAAAUCCACAAUCCUCUAUCAGCUGCGGCUCGGCGAGAGCAUCACAACGAUCCCAACCAUUGGCUUCAACGUCGAGCAAGUCCAGCUCGAGGGCUUCAACUUCACAUUGUGGGACAUUGGUCCGCCUCUCGACAGGCGUACGGCACUACGACAACAACGUAAAAGCUGUCGCUCGAUUCGCCAGCGGUGGUUUGUCCAGCCGUGCUGCGCUGUCACGGGUGCGGGCCUUUACGAAGGGCUCCACUGGAUCGCCACCGCACUCGGCGCACCAUCUCCAUCUGAUACAGCCACCAUCGAGACCACGACAACGAUCGCGCCCUCUGAGGAAACAACGUUUCUGCAGUUCUUGUCAUCGCAGCGGCCCGAAUGGAGCCAUACAGUGCCCGUGAAGAAGGCUGGCAGCGCGUCGGUCCAAUAA